UGUUUAUAUAGCACAUCACCAGUUAAUCACUAUCUCUUCCUCCUUGUUCCCCAAGUGAAGAGUCUUCAAUUACUGUCUAAUGCUACAGAUUAAGAAGAUUCAGUGCUAAUGCUAAGAUACAAAUGUCAAGCUGCUUGUACUUAAAUAAUCAAUUAUUUUGGCAUUUCAAAAUUCAUGAACACGGUUAAGAGGCUGCAUUUUUCUUCUCUACUACAUAUAUCUUGCUUAUAUUUUAACAUCUCCAACAGGGGCAUCAUUAUCAUUGUUUGCUAAGUUCCCACAAAUUGGCGUGCUUUCAGUUUCAACUGUUAUUUUCCUCCCUGAACAAGGAAGAGCGAUUCCCAAGACAAAAAAAUGUUCACAAAAAUUACGGUUCUGAUAUGGGCAGAUAUGUUGACAGUCUAUGCACUGUGGAUGCUGAUGAUAUAUUUAACAGAUGUUUGGAAGGUUACCUUUGUACAUGCAGCUGGCAUUCUGAAUAUAUAUCUUGCUGUUGCCGGUGUCCUCCCUUUAAUCUUGCAAUUCAUUGUUGAUACUUUGGUUGGGAGUUACUGGGUUCUCCUCCUUUCUUCUCUUUCUUUUUCCACGGGCAUGGGUUUUUUGACAAUGUCAACACCACCAGUACUUCACAAGGUUACUGGAACAUGCGGCUCUUAUGAGCCUGACUGCAUUGGUGACACUCAGAAGGCCCUCUUGUAUACUGCACUUCCACUGCUAGCUAUUGGGACCGCUGGACAUACUGUAUCCUUACCGAGUUUCCUCGAGGAACAAAUUUCAAAUGUAAUUCUAAAUCUCACUCCAAGAGUAUGCCUUGCUGAUUUUUUUGGUAGUUUUGCUGCCUUUGCAAUCGGCUGUUUUGCAGUUAUGGGAUUAGCCUACAUAAAACCUUGGUCGCUGCGUUUUGGAAUUCCGGCCAUCAUCAUUCUGGUGGCAACACUAAUAUUCUUGACCCGUUCUUGUUCAUAUGUUUACGUCGGACCUCAAGGUAGCCAUUUGGCUACCGUGUUUAAAGUCUUGAUGGCUGCAACAUCCAAAUUAUUUCGUCGACUUCCCGCGGAUGAUAAGGAGCUCCAUGGGAUGUCUGAUUUGGCAAAGCCUCGUACUACUGGUCUCAGGUGCUUGGACAAGGCUGCAAUAGUGUUACCGGAUCAGUCAGUGGAAGAACAACAAAAGACGUGGAAGCUGUGGACAAUUUCGGAAGUGGAAGCUACGAAAUUCAUAAUAAGCUUGAUUCCCAUGUCCAUGUCCUUUGUGUUUUUCGGUUUAGUGAGCUCACUCGGGUACACAUUCUUCGUUGAGCAGGGCAAACACAUGAACCGCAAGGUCGGAAAACUGACCGUACCACUGACCAUCUUUUGGUGGUUCUGUGAUCAAGCAAGUUCAUAUUUCCCCAAAGUAUUCUCUUGUUUCUUCAGCUUGGUAUGCCGGAAGAAUGCACAAGAAAGGGCUCCAAUUGCGGGAAUAAUGAUGUCAAUGUUACUAGGCAUAUUAUGUAGCAUAACAGCUGCGAAAGUCGAAUCGCGUAGACUUGAUGUGGUGAAGAGCCAUGGUCUGUUAGAUAAGCCGGAUGAGACCAUCCCUAUGACAGUAUUCUGGUUACUACCUCAGUUUCUACUCCUCGGCGCCUUGAAUGGUAUGUAUGACAUGAGCUUACAGAGUUACUACAGUUACUAUAUAAGUCCAACUAUGUUCAAAUACAUGCUCCAAAUUGGCAGAAUCGGGGAAAGUUUAGGAUUCGUUGGCGGUAUUGUCGCAGUAUAUGUUUAGAGAAGGUAAGUGAAGGAGGAGGAGGAAAACAGAACUGGUUCCAGGACACCAUUAACCACAGUAGGCUAGACAAGUAUUACUGGUUUCUGUCCUGCGUUUGUGCCAUAAAUCUGGUGUUGUUUGUGGUAUUGAGGAGUUGCUGCUUUUGUAGCAGUACCCCGAAUGACGCAGAAGUGGAAGAAAAUGCAGGAGGCGAGGGUGAUUCCAAGGACAUUGAAAUUGAGUGUGGCUGUUGCUUUAGCUAAGAUGUACAUGAUACAAGUAAGUGAACAAAUAAUAUACUACGUG